AUGGACGACAUCCCCCUGCCUCCCGCGUCCGCGCGCUUCGACAAGCCGCCAUUCCCGCGGAACUGCUUCGUCAACUUCCACCUCCUCCGCGGAGGCGGCAUCUACGGCGGCGGCGACGUCAAGGUCGUGUCCACCGACGGCGAGCGCCGUACCGUCAUCUACGACGUCGCCCGCCGCGCCGUCCGUGGCGGGCCGGUGAUGCGCGCUCGCAAGGGCAGCCCGAUCUCCGCCUCCGUCGGGGACGGCCUCUUCGUCCUCGAACUCGUACCCGACAAGGGCAAGGGCUGCUUCGAGGCCCUCCGCUACGACCGGCUCCGGGAGGACUGGUUCUGGCACAGCCUCCCGCGGCCGCCCUACGUGCGCGAACCCGGCUCCACCUGCUCCGCCGUCACGGCACACACGCCGGCCGCCGGUGGCAUGAUCUGGACGUACACGAAGAACGCGGGGACCUACUCAUUCGACACCAGGCGCUGCUCCUGGAGAAAGGAAGGCGAAUGGGCGCUGCCGUUCGUCGGAAAAGCCGAGCACGUCCCGGUGUGCGGCAGCGAAGGACUGUCUUUCGGCUUUGCGUCCAUCAGCGGCCCUCUCUGCGCCGUCGACCUCGCCACCGCCACCGCGGAGAGACCGCCAGAGGUGCGCGGGGUCUGGGAGGAAUUUAGGCUGCCCGGGGAUUGGCUGGGAGGCACCUCCUCCCUAGUGCACCUCGGGUCCGGCAAGAUGUGCAUCUUCAGGUUCUUCGGCACUGUCCCUAGCCCCCCUAUCGACAGAUCUGGGAAGAAACCGGACCGUUUCGUCGUCAUCACCCCCGUCGAGGUAGGUCCCAGCGACGACGGCGGCAGAGAGAUCAAGAUGGUGAAGCACAGGUCCAAGCGUAUCAAAUUAGACAGACUUAAUGGACACAUAACAUGGGUACUCUGA